GAGGCGGGGCGAGGCUGAAGGCGCGGGAGGGCAGCCAGAGGGUUGCGGGUGCAGCGCAGGAGACCAUGUCCGGGGGCAGCAGCUGCAGCCAGACCCCAAGCCGGGCCAUCCCGGCCACUCGCCGGGUGGUGCUCGGCGACGGCGUGCAGCUCCCGCCCGGGGACUACAGCACCACCCCCGGCGGCACGCUCUUCAGCACAACGCCGGGAGGUACCAGGAUCAUCUACGACCGGAAAUUCCUGAUGGAGUGUCGGAACUCACCUGUGACCAAAACACCCCCGAGGGAUCUGCCCACCAUUCCCGGGGUCACCAGCCCUACCAGUGAAGAGCCCCCCAUGGAAGCCAGCCACAACCACCUGCGAAACAGCCCGGAAGACAAGCGGGCGGGCGGUGAAGAGUCACAGUUUGAGAUGGACAUUUAAAGGCCCAGCCAGCGGACCGAGCAUUGCCUGUGGGCCCUUGGGCCCUUUUCAGGAGAAGAGUCAGCCCAGCCAGGCCUUGUGAAAGUUACCAUACCGGGCAGGCAUCCAGCGUGGGGCCGGACGCCCCAGCCCUCUGCUCCCUCACUCAGGGCACCUGCCCUCCCUCCCUCCCGUGAGCACCAGCAGAUACCUCCUUGUGCCUGCGUCCACCCCAAGGGGGGCGACUGCCUUGCGCACACCCUGCGGCCAAGUGCCAGGAAGUGGACAAGGACGAGCCCUUCUGAUUGGUCAUCCGGCUCUCCCAGCCCCGUCCUCUGGGGGCGCACACCCACCCCUUCCCUAGGCUGAUGUGCCUGGAAAAGCUCCCCUCCCCUUCCCCAAGAGAGGAAAUAAAAGCCACCUUCGCCCUAGGGCCAAGA